AUGGCGCGCUCAUAUGAAGAAAUUGCCCAUGUACUUGAAAAAAAAAAAAAAAAAAAAAAAAAAAAAAUUAAAUUAAACUACGUGUGCAACGGCCAGGAGAAAAGUGAAACUCACGGGGAAGACGAACAGAAUGGAAACAACAAACAAGAGGAUCUCGAAAGAGACCUAUGGAUAUUCGUGCACCCCCUGUGCUUGCAACAGGUUAUGCAGAUUCUUCAAAACAUAAACGGAACAGUCAAAAUAAAACACGUGAAAGAUAUUUGCAUGUACGAGUUAAUUGGGCCAAAGAGCCUCCCCUUACUUUUGAAUAUUUUAAAAAUAAAAAGCAAGUACACUGUGCGGGAUGAGGGAGACCUUUACCGCUUCGACUAUGAGAAUGUGACGCUGCCCUACGACUUUGUCAUUCCUCUGUAUGCCCUUCUUCCAAAGACGAUCGGCCCGUUUUUGCUCAACUAUAAGGUUAGUGAUUGCGCAGCGCAGAAAUGGGGCGAUGGGCAAACCGGAGACGGGAAGGGAGAGGAUGCCAAUGAGACCGGGGACGCCCCAAAUGACAAGAACGGCGAGCCCCCCAUUCAAAGACCAAGUCCAAUGGACAACGAUAACGACAUCGACCUGGCCGCAAACGCGCUGGACUAUUUAAGAACAAAAAAUGGAAACCCAAUAUUAAAAGCAAGUAGCUUCAGCCCAUACGACAAUAACAUCCUCAUGAAUGAGAGAAUCAAGCAGGACGUGAUAAAACAUAUAAAGGUUAAUAAAUAUGAGCAUGUCCGUAGCCAAAAAAAGAAAAAGGUGAAGACAUGUAUAUUGAAAAUGCUCCGAAAUAAUAAGAACAUUGAGAGUUAUGAUGUCCUUCGGGAGAAGCGAAGGUCGGGCGUUGCUCUGGGGGAUUUGUACAGAUUGGACGGGGACGCCUGCACCCCCCAGCCGAGCAGAAGGAAGAAAAGGCCCUGGCAACCACCACAGACGCAGACGCAGACGCAGCCACCACCUGGACAGCGCCCCAAUCCAACACACACGCACGACGAAAACGCAAUACAAAGCUACAUAGAACAUUUCCUACACAAAUCGGAAAACGAAAAAAAAAAAAAAGGAGAACAAACAAAAGAAGCGAAAGGCGAGGAGGACACAAGAGCAAUUUAUGCAGAACUGAAAAAAAACAAACUUACCAUCUCGCAAAAUUGUAAAAAGUACAUUAAAAUUCCCAUCCUGCUGAUCAACCAAACGUGCAACAAUAAUCAGAGGUACUUUAUUCUGUGCCCAGCAAAGAAAAAAAGUUCAGUGCUGUUCCAGCUGCUGGUACGUAAUGGGUCCAUAGCCAUCGGAUUAAAGGAAAGAGAAAAAAUACUCAAGUGUUCAGACUUUAUGUGCUAUCCAAAAGAUUUCCCUGAUUCACAUGGUGGAAUUUUAUAUAAUAAUUUCAGAGAACAGCUAGCCAAAAAUAAAUAUUUUAAAAAGCCACUAAGGAAGAGAAUUAAUUAUUAUUGCCUCGGCAUAAACAGCCCCUUUAAUUAUUCUUGGCUGUGCAUUUUCCCAUACAGAAGCCAUAUAAAGAUUAUAAGAGCCACGGACUCGUAUAAUCAGUUUUUGUUGAAGACCUUCCUGCAUCGCUUUUUGUCCAUUUCGUUAAAACGGUUAUGUGUCCUGGAUACCCUAGACGGUUUUUAUAACUUCAUGGAUGAGUUUAAAGAGAAAUUUGCCGUCUUUUCAACCUACUUCAUUUCUGUAUAUGUUCAUGCGUACAGGGAGGGCACACCAGAGCGCCUCUCGCAUGUUUGUUCCCUCACGAUGGAGCAGUUGGCAAAGUUUUUCAUGAAACACGGGGACACGAACAAAAUGACCGAAUGGUUGCUGCACCGGAAAACGGCCAACAGGGGCAGGCACAGCAACAAGGUAGAGAAGAUCAAGGAGCCAAUUAGCCGAAGAUACAAAAGCAAAGUCAUGAAGAAGAAUGCACCCCCUGGGUCAGCAAAAACAAACCCACAGAUAUAUCACUUAGCAGAGGAAUCAGACGCCAACCGUGGCGAAAAACUCAAAGGCGAUGAAAUAAUUUUGGCCUCCAGGAAGAUAAUUGGCUACGUGUCCAGUGGUGGACACGUCCUCUCGAAGGGCCGCGGAUGCGGAAUUGCGCACAUUUCCUUUUUCUUCCUCCUGGAGAAUUUGCUCAAUCAUGCAUUUGUCCUGCGCAUGCUUGCGUCGGACCAAAUCAGGAUAAACACCCAGGGGCGGGAGUUUCCCUUCCUGGCGCUCAUCAGGAAUAUCAAUUCGGUGUACUACUCGCACGUUUGGCUAGCUCUCAUAACGGAAGAUAAAUAUUUGCCUUUUUAA